UGCUCCCCCUCCCUACAAUAACCACGUCUGUCUGCCUGCUGCCAGGCAGGCUGGCGGCCCCAGAGUAGACAUCUGCCCAGUGCCCACCAGGGCCUGGCAGGAAACUUAUGCUGCCGUGGACCAGGCGUGGCCAGCAGCGGGGAUGUGGAUGGUCAGGACCCCUCGUCACAGGGAGCUGAGCGCCAUACGGGAGGCGCGACGCCUAAUCCACCACCUCUGCCCCCAGGCAGGGCCAUGAGGGCCCCGUCUGCGGGGGCCAACCACUCGGAGGUGACCGAGUUCAUCCUGGUGGGCUUCCCGGGCUCGCUGGGGCUCCACGCGUGCCUGCUGGCGCUGUUCCUGCUGGCCUACCUGCUGACCGUCACCGAGAACCUACUCAUCAUCGCCGUGGUCCGCGCCAGCCCCGCGUUGCAGAAGCCCAUGUACCUCUUUCUCAGCAACCUGUCCUUCCUGGAGGUGUGGUACGUCUCCGUCACAGUGCCCAAGAUGCUGGUCAGCCUGGUGGUGCCCGGGGCCCGACGCAUCUCCUUUGCAGGCUGCAUGGCUCAGCUGUACUUCUUCCUGGCGCUGGCCUGCACCGAGUGCGCCCUCCUGGGGGUCAUGGCCUACGACCGUUAUGUGGCCAUCUGCAGCCCCCUGCGCUACCCGGCCAUCAUGAGCCCCGGCCUCUGCAGCCUCCUGGCUGCCGGCUCCUGGCUCUCGGGCUUCACCAUCUCUGUGGGGAAGGUCUUCUUCAUCGCACGGCUGGGCUACUGCGGCCCCAACGUCAUGAACCACUUCUUCUGCGACGUGUCACCCCUGCUGAACCUGGCAUGCUCCGACGUGGCCCUGGCUGAGCUGGUGGACUUCCUCCUGGCGCUGCUCAUCCUGCUUGGGCCCCUGCUGCUCACCGUCUCCUCCUACACGGCCAUCAUCAGCACCGUGCUGCGUGUCCCCUCCGCCGCUGGCCGGCACAAGGCCUUCUCCACCUGCGCCGCGCACCUGGCCGUGGUGGUCAUCUUCUACUCCGCCUCGCUCUUCAUCUAUGCCCGGCCUCGUGCCAUCUGCUCCUUUGACCUCCACAAGCUGGUGUCCGUGGUCUACGUAGUACUCACACCGCUGCUCAACCCCGUCAUCUACUGCUUGCGGAACCGGGAGGUCAAGGAGGCCCUGCACAAGGCGGUGCAGAGGGCAGCCCAGGCCCGGGGCGCCGUCUCCUAGGACAGGCUCCCCACACACCCCCAGGACCGCCCCCCAGACAGACGGGACCGCCUGCUGCACCGGGAGACAGUGCCGGGCAGCCCAAGGCUCUGAGAGGGAGGCCUCUGCACCAUCCACAGGGGAAGCGGAGGGUUCAGAGCCCCAGCACUGCGGGUGGGGGCCACACCCACGCUUUGCCCCUUCAGCCAGCACUGUGGGUAGAGCCCACCAAGGGGGCUCGCCCUGGGAGAGCUCGCCCAUCGCUGCGCCAGGCCAGGCUCCGAAACUCCGGCCGCUCAGCUAUCAUGGCAGCCACUAGGACGGAACAGAUGUCCCCUGAGAGGCGCCUAAGCUCAGAAACUAUGGGUGCGCCCCUCUUUCAAAAUGGGUGUACUUUCAAAUCAAAUGUCUGUAAAGCGAUCAUUUUAAAAAGCAGAGUGAAAAUACUGGGUCACUGACUUGUCAUCUAACCAAUAAAGCGAGUGUUGCAUGCCAGCCUGUCGCCGGGUGCUGCGAGGUGCUACUGAGGCCCGGGGGUCAGGGAAUCACGCCUGGCUGACACAGCGGAGCAGCAGGCACGGGCGGUCAGGACCACACAGCGGGGCCUCCAAGGUGCCGGGGCCCCAGGCCCCAUCCUGAGCCAGCCAGCAGGCCGUGAGGGCUCCAGGGGAGGAGGUGGGGUCAGCCCCUGUGGGACGGCAGCAGUGAUGGGAGGCGGGGGGAGGGCAGGCCCCAGGCCAGGCUGAGCUCACAUCUGGAAACACCCCCAGGCAGCGCACAGCCUGGAUCUGGGGCUCCAGACAGAAGGCACCAGAAUAAAGCCUUGGUGUCACCAGGAUACAGCGGGAGCCGAACUCAGGACCAUGCCCAAGGGCAGGAUGCAGGCCCAGGAAGGAAGAGGCCAGACACCACCCUCACCCUCAG